AUGCACGCGGCACCGGAGAGGCAGCGCCGAGACCGAAGAGGUGAGCACUCGACCGGUGCUAUUGCUGCCCACGUCGGGCCGGGAGCCGCGAAUGCUGUGGCAACGAGGACGUGGCCCCCAACGACUGGACCCGUGGACAAAACCGCCGGGAUGGCAGAAGUCGGAUUUGGGAACAUGAGGGGCCGGGGAAGCGCCGGUGAAGCAGGAUUGCUCUGCUGUACACAGGCAUGCUCGGGACCCGUGUCGUUGGCAAUCCUUCGAAACCUUGUGUCCAAUCUCACCAGUCGAAAAGGCUCCGGCGGAAGCUCUGGCCAAAGCGUUAGCUGCGCACAUCCUGGGAACCCUUGUUGGAAAGAUUUCGUGUUGCCUGCGGUUGGACAACAUUCCAGUCAGCGGCGUGCAGUUCGUGACGUGCGCCUAAUCGUAGCUUCACUCUCCCAAUUCGUGGCUUGUAACUUUGGUUACACUGACAUCUCGGCGACACCCAACUGGCUGUGUGCCGCUGCAUACCACGCCGAAGCGGAAGGAUACUGCUUUCGCGGCCGCGGCUAG